AUGCUGCCCGGGCUGGACGGCUUUGAACGCCUGUCCGCCAUCAAAGCCGCCGAGGAAGCCACAGCGGAGACCGUGGAUGACGCUGAGCCUGAGGGGGUCGCAAUUAAAGAAACGCUGGCGGUCCAGGAGCCUGAAGCAUCCUCUGAAGUAGUUGAAGUAGUGCAAGGGACAAAAGAGACUGCAACAACUCAUGAAGUUACAGAGUCGGAGGUGAUAACAACGACUGAGACCAAAGAGACCAAGCAGGUUCAAGUGACGGAACAAGUAGAGACCGAAGAAGUGCUGGAAGUUGAUGUAGUUCAGGAGCAAGUGACGGACGUACGCAGCGAGACGACGGAGGCUGUCCGCGAGGCCCCUGUCCGCUCCCCCAGCCUCGUAGAGAUCACAGUGGAGCACCAGACAUUCGCCGACGUGGUCUCGACAGCCCAGCACGUGCACUGGCUGUCAAUGCCUGUGAGUGCCAACCCUGCUCUUGCGCGUCUUCACACGGUAUUGAACGACCAAGACCCGCUCACUGCGUACGCUCUGUACCCUACCAGUCCGACAUCUUCGGCGCACGCAGGAGAGGAAGAGGAGUUGCCGUUGCCGCAUAUUCCCACGUCCAAACCGCCAUCGCCAACCAAGUGA